AUGAAAAAUCAUCAGUCCCGGCCCACUGGUUCCACUCCGUUCCCUGAAGCGAACGUGACAUUUUCUGAACGAGGCCGUGGACGUGGUCACGGUCGCGAGAGUCAACGCGGUCGAUAUACCUCUUACAAUCGCCGCAGUUUUGACGUUAACAGGGUGCAGAGUAAACCCCAAUAUAGGGAUAUAGCCGAAAAGGCUAAACAGGAAAAGAGGCAUAUCGGCAUUUGUAAUCGGUGUAGCAUUGAAGGCCAUUGGGCCAAUACCUGCAGAACAACCAAACACCUAGCCGAUCUUUAUCAAGCCUCACUGCAGAAAAAAGGGAAGGAGGUCGAGACUAGUCACGUUGAUAAUGAUGACGACCCCGAUGAUGAUCUUCUGGAUUACGACACAACGCAUCUUGAUAUAGCGGAUUUUGUCGUAGAUCCUGCAAACCCCCAGUCAUAG